AUGCCCCUUCCAUCAACUAUGCGCACUCUCAUUCAGCCAAGGGCUGAGUCGAAAGAUCUUUCUCUUAUAAUGAAAAAACUUCCAGUUGCCAACCUAUCCCAAGGGGAGCACCUGAUUCGCGUACACGCUUGUGCCCCAUGCGCUGGUGAACUUCUUUGGCCCAAGAACUUUCCUCCGCCACAGCCUCGUGAGUUGGUACCAUGUCCAGAUAUCAGCGGUACCGUCAUCUCUGCUCCUACCGACUCCCCAUUCAAACCUGGCGACGCGGUGUAUGCUCGGACCAAUUACAUCCGCCCAUCUAAUGCGCGUGACUAUACCAUUGGAGUCACCGAUGAACUUGCGCAUAAACCGGAGAAAUUGAGCUGGAUAGAAGCGGCUGCGAUCCCAGUUUCAGCGGAGACUGCAUGGCAGAUCCUGUUCAUCCAUGCGGGGGUUUUUACGGGUGAAGAAACGGAUUUUUCAGCCGCGCAAAAAUCAUGGAGUGGAAAAAGAGUGCUUGUCACUGCUGCAUCUGGCGGCGUGGGGAUGUGGGUCACACAAUUGGCCAGCCUGCUUGGAGCGGAUGUUGUGGGGACAUGUGGUCCCGAGAACAUGGCUCUCGUGAAGUCUUUGGGGGCAAAAGAGGUCCUCAACUAUCGAACAACCAGUUUGCGUGACUGGGCUAAACAACCAGGCAAUAAAGUGGAUGUCGUGAUCGACUGUAUCGGCCGAAAAUCUCUCGAGGAAGCUUGGUGGGUUGUCAGGGACGGUGGCAUCAUACUAAGUAUAUUCCAGCCACCGAACCAGGUCUGUCCAGUAGAUUAUGGAGGGCAAGCUGUGAAAGACGUUUUCUUUGUGAUGGAGCCGAGUAGGAAGCAUCUGGAGCAGAUCACGAAGCUGGUCAAUGAGGGAAAGUGUCGACCAAUGGUGGAUAGUGUAUGGCCACUGGAACAGUUUGAGGAGGCGUUCAAAAGAUUGGACGGAGGACAUUCAAGGGGCAAGAUUGUUUUCGAUUUGUCAUUGAAUCAGUAG